UGUUACGAUUGCGGAAGAGUUGUGCAACCAUAUACCAGUGUCCAGUGUCCUUUGUUUGAUUCCCCCAUCUUCCCGUGCCCCGUCUUCCCGUAUCGAGCCCGUGCCCCGCCUGAUGGGGCCAUGCUUGCUGCCGCGUUACCUCCGUUUACGUUGCUCUAUCAUGGUGUCCCCAUUCCUGUGUCUCCUGCAUCUCCUCCAGAUGAGCUCGGCAAUGGGUUGGGCGCAACGCGGACCAGCGCGACCAGCCCCACGGUGCACCCCCUGUUCGGUGGAGGCGCGUGCCGCUGGCCCGGCUGCGAGCGGGUGUUCGACGAGUUCGCCGACUUCUACAGCCAUCUGCACUCGGACCACAUCAACGGUGACUACUCGGCCGCCCAGGCACGCAUCCAGAUGGAGGUGGUCUGCCAGCUGCACCUGCAGCUGCAGAAGGAGCGCGACCGGCUGCAGGCGAUGAUCCUGCACCUGAACAAGAAGAACGAGCUGAUGCGUGCCCCGGCCGCCCUGUUCGGCAGCCAGUUCCUGUCCCAGCUGGCUCCGGUGCCGCCGCCACCGCCGCCGCCAACACACCACGCAGCACCGCCACCACCGGUGCAGCCACCACAGCCCUCGUCCACGUCGCUGUCGACUGUCGCGGCCUCGCAACCCACGCUGGCCACGGUACCAUCCGCCAGUCCGUUCGAGCUCAUCGCCGGACUACGCUUCCCGGCGGAUGUGACGGCCACGGCCGACCUGGCCGCGCCCGGUGCUAGCCUGGUGCAGGGAUCGGCCUUCGGUAGCAAGUUUGCGCACCAUCACCACCAGCACCACCAGCACCACCAGCAUCCACCGACUGCUGGAACGGGUGCUUCAGUGGUGGCGGCGUCCCUAGUCGGGCAGCACACAGUCACCGAGCAUUCACCGAGUGGCGCCGUCGGUUCACUCGGAGGUCCUGGCGGUACCACCGGACCGUCCCCAGUAUGUACCGGCGGCGGUGGCGGUGGGUCGUCCGGCUCCGGGAAAGGCUCGAAGGGUGGCGGCGUCCGACCGAAGUACUACUCACCUCCCGACAGCGAAGAGCUCAACUAUCCGGACGUGCAAGAUGAUGUCCACAAAAACCGCGAAUUCUACCGCAGCCACGAUGUGCGCCCACCAUUCACCUACGCAUCGCUGAUCCGGCAGUCCAUAAUCGAGUCGCCCGAGAAGCAGCUGACGCUCAACGAGAUCUACAACUGGUUCCAGAACACGUUCUGUUACUUCCGGCGCAAUGCGGCCACCUGGAAGAACGCGAUCCGGACGAACCUGUCGCUGCACAAGUGCUUCGUGCGGUACGAGGACGACUUCGGCUCGUUCUGGAUGGUGGACGACCACGAGUUUCUGAAGCGCCGCCACCUGUCGCGUGGCCGCCCCCGGAAGUACGACAUCUCGAUGCCACCGCUGAGCGAUGGUGGCGCGGGUCCGGCGUCCACCGUCGCCGCAGCACCGUCACCACGGUCGUCCGAGUCGCGGCCGGGCGUGUCGGAGCCCCCGGUGUCGAGCGCUCCGCAUCUACCACCGCCCCCGCUGGCCAUGGUCCGGGACGACGAGGCAGAGUCGCUGAAGUACGGCGGCGAUGAGUACACCCGCAUGAGGCGCGCGCCCUCUACCGGGGAAGCCGGCGGUGACGACGGUGGCGAUCUGGACCUGGGGGGCGGAUGCAUCCGGCCGGGCGGUGUACGGUUGUUGAAGAAGGCGGCCUCCGACGGCUACAGCAUCCGACGGUAACGGUCUGACACUGCGACAGUCUGACAGUACGGGACUGACAGCCAAGCUCCAAGACAUAGUUCCACCACAGUUCCUUCUAAACCUUCUCCACCUUCUUCUCCACAGUCUCCACAGUUUUAUCGCAUCCUCGUGCAGCACUUCGAGCCGUUCGGGCGAGAACCGAUUGUUCCGCUACUUGAUAGAAGCCGGACGAAACGCGGCGUAUCGGUGGCGUUGCUCAAUGGUUUUACUUCGCCACACUCGCUCUUGCUCUGUCUAAUCCCUCUACCGUAGGUUAGGUUUCUUUUCGAUCUCUAGCAGCUACCUGAUCUAGCGAUUCCCGACGCGGACCAGACAAUGGGCUACUGGAUCUCAUUUCUUGCCGCCUUCCCGGUGACCACCGGUUCGGACCGCUCGGUGACUGUGACUGCCGAAGGGGAUUAGUAGGUCACGGUGCGUCAAGUGUUCGCGCAGCACUUGUACUGAGUUAAUUUUUUUCGAAGAAAAAAAAACGAUAACAAGCCAUGGGAGUCACCGUCGGUUUCUCAAGUAG